UUGUGUCUUUUGGCGGUUGCAUUGCUGGAUUUCAAUAUUGCAUACCCUUGUUGUUCAUUGAUGCUACGUUUUUGAAGAGCAAGUACAAGGGGCAGCUUCUGUGUGCUUCGGGAAAGAAUGGAAAUCAAGGGUUUUAUCCUCUAGCUUUUGGAGUUGUUGAUUCUGAGACAGAGGAGAAUUGGACUUGGUUUCUUCAACAUUUGGCUUCUAUAUUGCUACCGAUGGGGAGAGUGGUGACCUUUUUCUCGGACCGCAAUCAAGGUUUGUUAAAUGCAAUGGGGUUUGUGUUUCCCGGAUGGCCUCAUUCUUACUGUUAUUAUCACCUCAAACAGAAUUUGAUAUCAAAGUACCCGAAGUCAGGUUAUGGGAAACUGCUCCAAGACCGUGUUAUCAAUUUAUUUAGUAGAUGCGCAUAUGCUGUUACGGAGGAAGAGUUUAAGGUAGCAAUGGAGGAGUUGGUGAUUGUUGGGAGUUCGAAAGUGAAGACAUUUAUAUCUGAUUUGUCUAGAGAUCACUAUGCCAACGCAUUUUUCAAAGGAAUGCAUUAUGGGGAGAUGGCAAACAGUUUAGCGGAGUCCUUUAAUAAUUGGGUUGGUGUGUUUCGAGAUUUGCCGGUGCUACCUUUGAUAGAAGGGAUUCGACAGAAAUUGAUGGUAUUGAAUUCUCAACGAAGAAUUGAAGCGGAGAAGUGGACAACAGUUUUGUGUCCGGAGAUGGAGACUAGACUCUGUGAAAAUGCGGAGGCCGGUAGGACUUGGGCAGUUCGUCGUUCUAAUAGCACUGUUUUUGAAGUAUUUGCUGAUUAUUCUGUGAUGGUUGAUCUCGAGCAAAGGACUUGUUCUUGCCGUCUUUGGCAAAUUGAUGGUUUUCCUUGCACACAUGCGGUGGCUGCAAUCCUAGCAAAGAGAGAUUCAGUUUAUGAUUACGUGGAGUGUUACUACAAAACCGACUUCUUUCGAAAAGCCUAUGAGAGUCCUAUUUUUCCUAUUCCAGAUAUUGGGAAAGGAUUGGGCAGCAAUGGUUCUGCCGCUGGAGUUGUGCUUCCGCCAAUUACAAAGAGGCCAGCAGGAAGACCACCAACAAAGAGGAUCAAAGUUUUUGGUGAAUUUAAAAGGCCGUUGAAAUGCAGUCGGUGCAGUGUUGCUGGGCACAAUAGGAAGACUUGCAAGGCUAUUAUAUGA